AUUCCUAUUUCAAAAAAAAAUUUCUCUUUUUGUACCUGAAUAAGUCCACCUCUUCCCCUCUUAAAUUAGUUGUUGAAAUAAACUUGGAUAACCUCGGCCUAUCGAGAAUAGGAAUAUAUUACUCCUUUCUGUAUAGACCACAAAGAAAUAUAUCCCUUAAUUCAAAUACCAAGGCAGUUAUGUUGAUCUCACCACCUAAUGAAAUUCCUUCUCAAAAUUAUUCCAUAAAGAUAAUUCUACAUGAUGAAUCUAGGAUAGAUGACAUUGAAUCUCAUGAUAAUACUCAUUUCGAGCCAACAAGACUCCCCAAUGUACCCCUUGAUGGAUAUGACAUACCAAGAGAUAGCACAAUAGAUUUCCAAGAUGAACAACAUAACUCAUUAAAUGGAUUUGUUUUAAUUCUUAAAAGAUUAGAAACUCUUCAAUAUGAAGUGAUUAUGGAAUAUAAAAAAGUUCAAUUAGAAUUAGAGCUGGGCUGGACUGAUUGCAAAGAAGAAGUCCUACCCACAAUCAAUAAUACAUAUAACGAAGUCAAAUCUACAAUCAAAGAUGAUCUACUACCAGCAUUUAAAACUUCAAUGACUGAGGUUAAGGAUACUUUUCUACAAGAAAUGUUCCCAACCUUUAAAGAAACCUACAAUGAUUUGAGAAAAUUCUUAAUUAGUGAAAUGCCACUCCCAUCAUCAAAUCGAUAGGAAGUAUUUUUAAAAUUCAAA